AUGUAUAUGACAUAUAUUUGUAUACUUAUUGCUCUUCUAUCAGUUUUAUCAAAUGAUGCUUUUCCAUAUUCAUUCUAUUCGGAUGAUAUACCAUCAUCAUCAUUAGAUACGAAUUUGUAUCCAAGACGACGAGAAGUAUUUGAUCCAUAUGGUUUCAAUUCAAUAUUAAGUCGAUUUGUUAAACGUGAUCAAAUGCAUAAAAUACAGAAAAGAAAAAUUAUUCGUUUAAUAAGACAAGAUAUAUAUGAUAUUAUUUGA